AAAGCAAAAACGAAGAUAAGAAUGAAGACAUGUUCAGUGAUUUCCCGGACUGUGUUCUACUUCACAUAUUAUCUUUUUUAAAAGCCAAAGAAGCUGUUCAAACUUGCAUACUCUCCACUCGAUGGAAGAAUCUCUGGAAGCGUCUUCCCACCCUUACAUUAAGUCCCUCACAUUUUACGUCUUUCAACUGUUUCACCACAUUCGUGUCUCAUAUUUUGUUUCUACGUGAUGCCUCAACCACAUUGCACGCUCUUGAUAUUCAUCACGAAGCUAACAUAGAGCGUCGCCUACUCAGAAGAUUUGUAAAAUACGCUGUUUCACAUAAUGUACAGCGGUUACACAUCUCGUUGUUUUGUGAUAUUGAACACAUUCCAUCUCGCAUCUUUUCAUGUCAAACUUUAACAUCUCUUCACCUUACAGUUGGGGCUAAUAUUAUAGUACAAAACCAUUCCCAAAUUCUCUCAAUUUGCCAGCAUUAACCACCUUGUAUUUAGGGUUUGUUGUCUUUCAAUGGUCGCGUUGAGCCCUUUUUGGCAUGUCACAGGUUGAAUAGUUUGACCCUUGAUUAUUAUAGAAUCAUGGAUGCAAAAACGCUUUGCAUAUCAAAUUUCAUGCUUGUCAAUUUAAAUAUGCGUAGUAGUUAUCUUGGGGAGUGUUUCGAAAUGGAGCUAUCCACACCAAAUCUUUGUACCUUUGAAUUUGGAGUUACACCUCUUCCGAAACUCUGUGGGAGUAAGAGCAAUCUCUCUUCUAUCAAGCAUGCAUAUAUUGAUGUUUCAAUGCUGGUCAAUGAUGCGGAUACUCCUUUGAUUCUACCAAGCUGGCUGCUAGAACUUGCUAAUAUCAAAUGGUUGACAAUCACUUCAAGAACUCUUGAGAAAAAGCAAGGUGGGAGAUACAAAAGCAAGAGGAAUCUGAGAUGCAGAAGCAUUGCUAAGAGAUUGGAAUCAAGAGAGUCCUCGAAACAUAGAUUCCAUAAACCAACACUUUUUCCAUAAGAAAUCUUUCUAUUAGUUAGAUUGCAUGUUUAAGAUUAUUUUUUCUGCAGUUAACUACAUUAUUGUUUCUAUUUUGUCUUUCAAGGGGAUUUAUAUAUUUGAAUAUUUUUGAGUCAUGUGUUUGAUCCUUCUUUAUUUAAUUUUUAUUUAAUUGGGAAAGCUGGUGUGAUUUGUAUCAGAGUCUCUUAUAUCCAACUAUCUGUUUGUUAGUUGUCUUUACUCUCGUGUUUCUUUAGAUUGCUGUUAAUGGAGUGAGAGAAAAAAAUUGUUCUGUACAACAUUUACUAAUAUUUAUGUACAUUACAUAGCACAGGUACAUUUUGAAGUCAUUUUACUUGAUAAUUUUGGAGGGUGUCUCAGAAUUGAAGUACUUACAGGUAACUGUUGACUUGGUCCGUUGACCGUGGAUAUACCAUGAUUGGUGACUUUCUGCUGUUUAUACAUGAGUAUUACAUUUAGGACUUGAAGUCUUGAACUAUGUUUCUUUUAUCACUUCAUAAUUCCUGUUUUCCUUUGGCUUUUUGCUAAUAUAGAAAUUUGCGACUUCAUCCAAAAUUUGCGACUUCACUCUGGAGAGAAAGCAUAAUUUGUACAGGAUUCCUUGUCUCAACGGAAGCUUCUCUUGUUUUUGUAGCCUCUAAUCUUUCCAUUGGAGUGAUGUUAAGUCUGGCUAACAAAUCUGAUUAGCUUAUAGACCAACUCAGAAUGAGUUGAGCUCUUUAUGAUUGCUUCUAUUUUACCAAGCAAUCCAAUUUUACGCCUCAAAUAAGAAAAAAGAAAAAUCUAUUUAUUAUUCCUUUAUCAUCCUGUAUACUUGGUAAGAAA